GGAGUGUCGAAAAUGGAGUCGUAUGAAGAGGAAGGAAAUGAAGGGGCUACACAGUGACUGUCUGAUGAGGAUUGUAGACUAGAGAUCGAUAGUGUCGGGUUUGGCAGUGCUCAUCCUGAAUCAGAAGAAAUAAAAUCUGUCCCUGAAGUGCAUACAGCAGAAGAAGUAAAAGUUGUUGCUAGAAGUUCAGAAGAGGAAGCAAAGAAGAAACCUAAGUUCAAUAAGAAGCAUAGAAGUUCUCAAAAUCCAACAUAUUCUUUAUACUUACAAGAGUUUACUUCAAUUCCAAAAUAUCUCGAAGAACCCAAAUAUUUGAGCAAGAAUGAUUUCGAGAAGGUUGUGCUUACAAGUUACCCUAGAAGCGGGAAUACUCUAUUGCGCAAGUACCUUGAAGAUAUUACAGGAAUAAUCACUGGCAGUGACUGUGACGUCAAGAGAAGAUUAAACAGCGACCUUGUGGAAAUGGGCAUGUCUGGAGAGGGAAGAACCAAUCACUCAAUAUGGGUUGCUAAAUCGCAUUACCCAGAGAGAUAUGGAGCAUCCAAGUUCAUGGCCAAUAAAUGUAUCCUUUUAGUCAGAAAUCCAUUAGAUGCUAUAAUUUCGUUGUUCAAUAUGAUCGCUACAGGAACACAUAAUUGAUCGAUGUCUGAAGAGGAUUUCACAUCCUUCAAUGAUUACUUUGAUAUGUUUGUUUCCCAAGAAAUUGCUGUAUGGAGAGACUUUCAUUCCUAUUGGAUAGAUCCCGAACCUGAUAUCCCAACCUAUGUUGUCAGGUACGAAGAUUUGUUACAGAAACCUGAAGAGACUCUUACAGAAUUGUUUUCAUUUUUAUUAAACCAAAAUGAUCUUUCUGGAACACUAAUCGAGCAUUUAAUUAAAAAGCAUACAAGUAGAGGUGUCAAAAAGCAGGUAUACAAACCGAGAGUUGGCAAAGUAAAUGCAAAUAAGUCUAAAUACACCAAAGAUCAAUUGAGCCAAAUCAAGAAGUUGGCUGGCCAGAUGAUUAGAAGAAUGGGAUACCUUGAAACAGAGAAUGAAUUAGAUAAAACAGAUACAGGAUUCUUCUCUGAUGAUGAAGAAGUAGAUGCAUCUAAGGAUUAUGAAUGAGACUCACUUUUUAGAGGAAAUUCUCUUAGAGAUGUUACAAUGAGGUAUAGAUACCAUGAGUUUAACAGGAACACCCUUGGAGAAGUGUGCUCAAGCGAGCAUAAAUAUAAGGUGGAAACAAAGACAGAUAUCCCAGAAGUCCAAAUCAACUACUCUAAUGAUUUAAUUCGUCAAAAGAGUGCUAGAGACCCAUCGGGAAGAGGAUCUAAGCUUUUUAGAGAGGUUCUAAGAGGAAACGUAACUGCUGUCGAUCCUGAUGGAAACAUUGUGAGAAGGCCAAGAGGAUUCCGUAAACCUAUUUAA